UACGUACACCAAUUUUUAGAAUCUACUAUUGGAUAUAUGUUUGGCAGAGAUAUAACUUGCAGAGAGCCAAUACAUCGAUGCGAUGAUUAUCAACCAGGUGUAUUAACAGAAUUUGGAAGAACCGGUAUAAAAUUGUUCAAGAAAUUCUUGAUGCCGUGUGGGCUAUGUGCUGCAGUACCAAUAAUGAAACCUACUAAUCCUGUGGAAGAACAUGCUACACCUUGUAAUAAUGAAACACAAGGAAAGAAAUUAAUAAAACCAUCGGAACUACCCAUUUAUUCUGUUGCAGAUGGGUAUUCUAAGCAGAUGCCACGCAUUAUACUUCAAUUAUACUUUAUAAUUAAUGUUUCUAAUGAUGUUUCCAAUACUCUUAAAAAUCUUAAAUUCAUAGUUGAUUACCUUCAAGAUGAAGCCAAUUAUCUUCCAAGAAUAGGAGCUGUUGGUAUUGGUGGCUUAUCAGGAUUAACAUUGGGACUCAGAGGAGGCUUGUUAAAACGACUAUUUUACACAAGUACAGGUGCUGGUAUUGUUGGAUGUAUUUGUUUCCCUAGGGAAGCAAAAGAAGCACUCAAUACAGUGGAACACUAUGGAAAUAUUAGUUACAAUUUCAUUUAUGGUGUGAAACCAGGAGAUAGUAAAACGGAAAUUUUAAAAAAUGACUUUCCAUUACUGAAAAGUAUGCUUGAAUCAAAAUACUUUCGUAUGUUAAGUCAACCUUUUGAACAGAAAACAUCCAAUGCAACUGAAAAAAUGGAGAAUUGUUUAAUAUCAAAACUUGAGAAAGGAUUUCUUGGAAAAUUUCAUGAAGAUAAUUCAUCAGAAGCCUGUAAUGUUUCCUUCCAUCAUAAUAAUGAAGAUUCAAACCUUCUAGAACCAGUAACACUGAAAGAAACUUCUCCAAUAGAAGUACAAAAUUCAAAGAAUUCGAAAACAUUAUUUAAGUAA